CUGGUUUGCGGUGUUCCAAGAUGCCAACGGAUGAAGAAAUCAAGAGAAGAACUGAGGGUUCUGAGGCAUAUUGGAAUGAACUCUUCCCGCCAGGCUCUGCUGUUCCCACGGUAAAAUCUGUUCUUGAGAUGUUGAAGGAUCCGGAACUCGAUGAAGACAAACUUCUACCUUUGGCGUUGUUGGUUCUUGUUGAUGGCAUUGUAAUGUGCUCCAACAAAAAAUUGAAAAUUUCGAAGGAGACUGUUGGUCUUCUGCAGGAUACAGAUUUUUUCCUUUCAUUCCCAUGGGGUACGAAGAGUUUCACCAACACCUUCUCUCGUUUUUCUACGGGGUACACAUCGAAUGAAUCUCUCGUAGCUCGGUUGAAGCAAACGAAUAGUGCUUUCUAUGGAUUCCCUCUCCCACUGCAGCUCAUGGCCUUCGAAUGCAUUCCUUCUUUGACAACUAAGAUACCAAAUCCGAAAGACAUGUCUUCCUUUAUUGACAGUCCUUAUGGUUGCAGUUCCUCAGUAACCCUUCUAAGCGAGGAAGAUAUUGCUGCAGUGGAAACAGAGCCACAGCUUGUUGUGCACCCUAUUUUGGAAGCACCUGAUGAGUUGGAUGAGGAUGAGUUCUUAUGCGAUGACGAGGUAUAUGACUCGAAGGUAGAGAUGUUGGAAACAUUGAUUAAAGUUGGACACGAAUUUUCAUCACAAGAGUUCGUCGGAGGUGUCCCCGCUGGAGACCGGCUUGAAGUCUUUGAUGCACAUAUCUCGACAACUUUUCAAUCCAUCUUGGGUGUAGUGUUUGACAUCGUUGUAUCCGAUAAUUUCAUUAACUUGGGUUCCGAAGAGGCGAGCGUUCUUGAGGGAAAGUUCUUAUCGAUUGAUAAAUUACUCAACUACGAUAUACGCCAGGAAGAUGUGGAUAGACUGAAAGCGGCUAACAUCUGGAAUUCUCUGCUGGUCGGAAACAACAGUGAUGCUGACUUCUGGGGGGAUUGUCUUUUCGUCGGCAACAAGGAGCUCCUUGACGGAAUCCGUUUUUCAGAUGAUGAUGUGGCUGUCAAAAUCGAUAAAGCCAUUGACAAAAUGAUGGAUUCACUAAAAUCAAAAUUUAAUAAGUUCUUUCAACACAUUAAUCAUGAUUUUGAAAAUCGGUUGAAGACACGAAAGAAAGAGAAGAAAGAGAUGCAACCUGUGGUUCUUGCAGCUAAAGAAUGCUUCCAAAACUGCUUUUCUUUGUCUGAACUGCACGAGUGUCUUAGUGCCAAGUUUUCUCAGAAUCGCCAAACAACCGUAACCCUAUAUGAACACUAUACUAGGAAGAAAGGCGGAGAUGCUUAUGAUCAGCUGUCGUUGGUGCGUUCUUUACAAAGAAAGAAGAAAAAACAGCUUGAAGAUCAGAAGACUGAGGAAAGUCUUCUGAAAGAUGAUACUGAGGAAAGUCUUCUUCAAGAUGAUCAUCAGAAGACUGACGAAACUGGUCUUGUUGAUCAAAAGACUCUUGAAUGUCUUCAAGAUGAUCAGGCAAAGCGUCAAGAUCUUCCUCAAAUUUUGAGGCAGCUUUUCACUUCUAAGACGAGGAUGGCUGAAGCUAUUUCAUCUCAGAGGGAGAUGGUGGACACUCUAAUGGGAUUGCAAAGGAAGACUGCAACUAAGGAGGAACUAUCAUCUGUUCAGAGAGAUUUAAGAAGAAAACUCCAAAAUGUUGGCAGUGACAUAUCAAGUCAAGUGGUCACUAACAUUCAAGGAACUUUAACUUCUCGCAGUGACGAAGCUGUCACCUUAUUUGAAAAAGCUGUCAUUUCAAAGCUUAAAAGAGCUAUAAAUAAACUUCAGACAUCUGUCCAGGAAAGCGUCAAGAUUAGUGAUUCGGCCAAGACCUCCCAAAAAAGUCCCUCGAUGGAUGUGACUAAAGAAAUGGCUUUGUUGUUAGUUGAGGGAGGUUACGAACGGUGCUUCACUAUGGCUCUAGAGAUUGAUGAUGAUGAUGCUUCACUGUACUGGUUAUUGUCUAAGGUUCAACCAAAUCAACUAUUGGAGCCUGAGUCAUUUCAGCUGAGCCAGGAAACUCUUUGGGCGCUUCUGCAGCGUCUCCUCGAUUGUGGCUUCUUUUGCGUUAUGACAGAGACCCUUUUGAUAUUUGCGUGGUUCAAAGCUGUGACUAAAGUCCUUAAAACAGACCCGGACAUUUCAGGGGAUGCUGAAAAAGUCUUAGCAGAAGCCGAACGAGUUGUCCAAGACAAAAUUCUGUUAUACGUGAAUUCUGGCUUACUGGUAGAUGACACUCUCGCAGACGAAAUCAGAUUCUUCAAGCUCAACACCGGAGCCAUGAUACCAUCUGUUGGUCUCGGAACGUGGCAGGCUGAUCCUGGUCUUGUAGGAAACGCUGUCGAAGCCGCUGUUAAGAUUGGUUUUCAAAUCUAUGGCAACGAAAAGGAGAUUGGGUUAGUCCUGAAGAAACUGUUUGAUGAUGGAGUUGUUAAGCGUGAGGAAAUCUUCAUCACAUCCAAACUCUGCUGUACUUCUCAUAAUCCUCAAGAUGUGCCAGAUGCUCUGAACAGAACUCUACAGGAUCUACAGCUUGACUAUGUCGAUUUGUAUCUCAUUGACUGGCCUGUUAGCCUCAAGGAAGGUUCAACUGAUUUUAAGCCAGAGAACAAUUUGCCAACUGAUAUUCCUAGCACAUGGAAAGAAAUGGAAGCACUCGUUGAUGUGCGAAAGGCCCGAGCUAUUGGUGUCAUCAAUUUCUCAACAAAGAGACUCGCAGAGCUCUUGGAGGUGGCUCGCGUCCCUCCUGCUGUUAACCAGGUGGAGUGUCACCCAUCGUGGCAACAAACUGUGCUCAGGGAUUUCUGCAAAUCUAAAGGCGUUCACCUCUCUGGAUACUCUCCGUUGGGUUCUCCAGGGACAACGUGGCUCAAGAGCCCCAUUCUAGGCUCGGUUGCUGAGAGGGUAGGCAAGACUCCUGCGCAAGUUGCAUUACGUUGGGGUCUCCAAAAGGGGCAAAGUGUUCUUCCAGAAAGUGGAUUACAUUCCAAAUAGGUCAAAAAAGCUUUCUCUCUGUUUUGCUCCUAGGCUCAGGGUUAUCUAAUGUUGAAAGAUUUGUGUUUCAAGGCAUGCCAUUUGUUCAUGAGACGAGUCCUUAUAAAGACUCCUGAACAAC